AUGAGAAAUUCUUCUCAUCGUUUGCCCUCCCUAUUAGCCGAUCGCCCACCCACCGCCCAUUGCUGCCCACUUGCCUCUCGCCGUUUGUCGUCUCCUGCCUCCAACCGCUCUCCUCCCGCCGCCGCCCACCUCCCAUUGUCUGUCUGCCACCGUCUUCCGCCGUCAGCCGGUCGCCUCCCGCCGCCCUCCUCUCGUUGCCGCCCUCCUUCCUCCGCCCUCCUCCCCCCGCCGCCCUCCUCCUGCCGCUGCUUAACGCCGGCCGCCUCCAGGCACCAUCCUCCGCACUGGCCGCGUCGUCGUCCAUCGUCGCCUCCCCCCACCGUCCACCGCCCGCCGUUCGCUGCCACCGUCCGCCCUCCUCUCGCCGUCACUCCCUUCCCGCCGCUGGCCGUCGCCCGCCUCCAGCCAUUGCUUGACGCCGGCCGCCUCCAGCCGCCGUCCUCCGCACAAGCCGCGUCGCCGUCCGCUACCGCCUCCCUCGCCGCCCGCCAUUCGCUGCCAUCGUCCUUCUCCCGCCAUCCGCCGCCGCCAUCCGCCCACCUUCCACUCACCGGUCACUGA